UUAUGUGAAAAUACCAAAAAAAAAGAAAGAAACAAUAAAAUAUCAAAAGGUGCAGAUAUUUUAUUUAUCGGAGAGGAAAUAAGUAAAAUGGGUAUCCAAGAACUAGACCCGUUAGCCCAAUUGAGCUUGCCACCGGGUUUCCGGUUUUACCCGACGGACGAAGAGCUGAUGGUUGAAUAUCUAUGCAGAAAAGCCGUCGGUCACGACUUCUCUCUCCAGCUCAUCGCUGAAAUCGAUCUCUACAAAUUCGACCCUUGGGUUUUACCAAGUAAGGCGUUGUUUGGGGAAAAAGAAUGGUAUUUCUUCAGCCCGAGAGAUAGGAAGUAUCCGAACGGGUCGAGACCCAAUCGGGUUGCCGGGUCGGGUUAUUGGAAAGCCACCGGUACAGAUAAGGUUAUCUCCACGGAAGGAAGAAGAGUCGGUAUCAAGAAAGCUUUGGUGUUUUACGUUGGAAAAGCUCCAAAAGGCACCAAAACCAAUUGGAUCAUGCAUGAGUAUCGUCUCUUCGAACCUUCUCGCCGAAAUGGUAGCACCAAGCUUGAUGAUUGGGUUUUAUGCCGAAUAUACAAAAAGCAAUCAAGCGCACAAAAACAGAUUUACAGCAAUCUAAUGACACGAGAAUACAGCAACAACGGUUCAUCAACUUCUUCUUCGUCUCAUCAAUACGACGACGUUCUCGAGUCGUUACACGAGAUCGACAACAGAAGUAUGAGAUUUGCCGCCAGUUCAUCGAAUGCGAUUCCCCAUAGUCAUAGACCGGUUUUAACCGAGCAGAAAACCGGGUUUCAUAGUUUGGUCAGGGAGCCAAGCUUCGAUUGGACGAAUUUUGGUGGACAGAACUCGGUCUCGGAACUCGGUGGUGGUUAUUUUCACGGUGUGAAGACAAUCCAAGAAGAUGGUAGAACGCAGCAACAUGGUGAAGGGAUUACUCUGUUUAAUAAUCCGGACGUGUUACCUCAUCAGAAUGUUGACCCGGUUAACAGAUAUGGGUACUCGGGUCAACAACCUAAUGGUUUCGGGUUUAUGUGAUUGUGUAAUGGUAACGUAAUAGAAAAAAAAAAGAAUAUAAUUUGUUUUUGUCCGAGUCAGAUUAGUUCAUCAAUUAAUAUAUUGUAGAAUUGGGAUUCUUUGGGGUUAGGUUUAGGUUCCAGUACUCUUCCACUUUUAUUAUUCAUCUGUCAUUUGUAUUCAAAAGAUAAAAUUUUGCAAACUUUUAGCUG